AUGUCCAAUUUUUUACUUGUCAUCCCUGAAGACGUGAUCAAGGGUUGUUCCAAGGCAGAUAAGCUGGUCGUUACGGGAGAAUUCGAUAACUGGAGGCAUUCAGAUUAUGUUUUGCAGUAUGAUGGCAGCGCACAAAACUACAGGGUGCAAAUUCCUAGAAGGAAAGGCCAACGUAGCACCAUGUUCAAAGUAGUCAUAAACGAUAAGGAGUGGGUCACCCUUAACUAUUUCGACACUGUGACGGACAAAUCAGGGUACACCAACAACAUUCUGCAUUUCAAAGACAACGAGGCUAGCCAACUUAUGGAUAUACCUCUAUCGCCACAUACGCGGUCCAACACUGUGAAGGGGAAACCGGAAGACGACUCAUUGAAUGACUAUGUUAACUUGUCGUCGCAUAGCGAUCUAAGCAGCACAGAGGAGAUAGUGUGCUGGAAUUCUGAUAUGGAGGACGAGAAUUUAGACGCCACCAUUCAGUGUGAUUUCCACCAGGCAUUCAAUAGCAGGAAAGAGUCCCUGAAUGGACUGAUGUGUAUUGCCAAGAAAGUCAAGACGUACUGGAACAAAUAG